AGUCCAUAUGAAAGAGGAAGUCCAAUCGUAAUCACUUCCUGUGUAUAGUAACUCGCUUGUUGUUGUUGCUACACGUAUGUAUAUUGUAAAUAUAGACUGCACUGCAUUUGAUUUUUGAAAUGUCAAUUUUUCCAUCGGGGGAAAACUUAUUUUGAUUCUAAACCAUCUGCAUAUUUUUGUAAACAGUGUUUGGAUUUUUAGAGCCUUCACUGUUUUUGUAAAUGAAACUUGAAAUUUGUAUAAUAUAGGUCAAAACAUGUCUUCAAGCUAUGUGUCAAAUUAUGAAAUCUUUCAGCUGAAUCAGGUUACGUUGUGUCAUUCACCUUGAUCCUUUGUGAUGACACUCAGAUACUUCUGUCUUCCGAGUUAUUAGUCCUUCUUGGUAUUCUUUUAAGAUGCUCUCUCGAAAACUGAUUCCCGGCGCUUGUUAUUUCCGAUUUUUGGUGUGUAAUCACGAAACAAAAUGCGCUAGAACUGUUGCAUCUCAAGUAUCUAUAGGUGCAUCAACUUCUGCAACAUGGUCAGCAUCGUCGAAAACUCACGAUUGGAAUCGAGCUGUAUUGGAUGGGGAGAAAUUAGUUGGACAUCCAACAACCUUUUUCAGCCUUAAGUGUCUCCUAAGUGAAGAGUUCACCAGCGUGGCCAUGAAUCUUCGAAGAUUAGUGGGAACUGAUCAUCCAAUUUUAAAAACUGCCAAGAGGCUAGUAUAUCAUGGACGUACUAACAUACAAACCAGAGGAUUGAUUGUUUUAUUACUAUCAAAGGCAGUUGGACACACAGCAGCAUGCACAGAUAUAAAUUCUGUAAAUGAAGUUGGAGUGACUGCACGACAACAGACUCUGGCUGAAAUUACUGAAAUGAUCCAUACAGCUCAUUUGAUCCAUAGGGGUAUUUUGAACAUAUCCCCCACUGUUGUUCCAGAUGAAAAUUCCAGAGAAGAUCUCCAAUUGGGAAACAAAAUAUCCAUUCUCAGUGGAGAUUAUUUGUUGGCAAAUGCUUGUAAAGGCUUGGCUAACUUGAGGAAUUGUAAGGUUGUUGAUCUCAUAUCCAAAGCAAUUGCUGAUUUUAUGCAAGCAGAGUUUCUUGGAGAACAUGAUAGACAUGGGAACCCAUUGCCAGUCAAGGGAAUGAAUUUGUCAACCUGGGAAGAAAAGAGUGUGUUGAGUGCAGGAAGUCUUUUAGGCAACAGUUGUAAAUCCACUCUUGAAUUAGCAGGUUUUGAUGAAGAGCUUCAGUCAAAAGCCUUUGAAUUUGGAGAAAAUCUUGGAUUAGCUUGGCAGGUUUAUUCAGAGCUACUGCCAUUCAUUGAUGACAUGAGUUAUCCAGCUGGAAGUAAAUUUGAUUUAACAUCUAUUCCUGUUAUAUUCCAUUUAGAGAAAAAUCAAGUUAAAAUUGACUCUCUCAGACAAGAAAUUAAUGAGGAUGUGUCAAAUUUUGACUAUAAGAGUUUGCAUAAAUCGAUUAUGGCUGAUGACAGUGUUCAGAAAUCAAAAGAUCUACUCAAUCAUUAUUCUCAGCAAGCUGAAAACUUGUUGUCUUUGUUUGGAUCAUCAGCAGCCACAAAAGCUUUGUCCAAUAUUAUCUGUUCCAUAAGGGGAUAAAGGUGCUUCUUUCUCAUGUUAUGUGUUUGUUACAACUAAAAUAUUUAUUUUUAUGUUUUAUUUUAUAUGUAAAGAAAUUUAGAAAAUAAAUUUAUUCUUAAAUUUA